AACCUAGGUACUGUGACGCCUGGUUUCUUACAUAAUCACGAACAAUGAUGUCAUUUCUACUAUAAAGCCUAUUGACUUUCAAUUCCACUCCACCAUAUCAUCAUGUCCUCUUCCACCAAAGACGAUGCACCCCGCCCUCCUUCAAAGAGCGUUGAACCAACCAAAGUCAACACCGCACCACAACAAGCUUCCACUUCACCUGGUGACGGCGCUCAUAUUCCCGCAGACCAGAUUCGUGAUCCCUCCGAGGUCGAUUACAAUGACCCCAAUAUAAACGUGGUAGAGGUCCCUGCAGAGAAAAAACGGUCCCCGACAUUCAAAGAACAAGUAUUUGGUUAUGCCAAGGUCAUCCGUGGAAAAGCUUUUGGUAAAUCAAAUGUCAAAAAGCACGGGGAACAAGUGUUGCGAGGUGAAGAGACCAUUCCAGUGAAACGCCGUCGAGGUUCAACUUCAGAUUGAUACCUUGGUCGUGUCAGUGGCUUUCCUUGGACUCUAUCCUAUUACUCGAGCUACAUUAUCUGUCACCGUAGACCACUUGUGGUACUGUAUAGUAGGACAUUCAAGGUAUAACAUAUUUACCCAUGAAAACUCAUCUUCCCAUCGCCACAAGUAUAACCAGUAAUAUACGAGAUUUCCCGAAUGUUCAAA